AUGGACGAGUCGUCGCUCCUGGACCUGCUGGAGUGCUCCGUGUGCCUGGAGCGCCUGGAUACGACGGCCAAGGUGCUGCCCUGCCAGCACACCUUCUGCCGCCGCUGCCUGGAGAGCAUCGUGUGCUCGCGCCACGAGCUGCGCUGCCCCGAGUGCCGCAUCCUCGUGGGCUGCGGCGUGGACGAACUGCCCGCCAACAUCCUGCUGGUGCGCCUGCUGGACGGCAUCCGCCAGCGGCCCCGCGCCGGCGCCAGCCCUGGCAGCAGCCCGCCCGCGUGUCCUGGUCCGGGCCCCGGCCCCGGUUCGGGAGCGGCCUCGGCGCUCGCGGGUCCUGGGGGCAGCGCCUCCGGCUCCCCGGUUCUCCCCGCGGCGACCAGCGCCAACGCCAGCCUGCGCGAGCUGGCAGCCAGCAGGAGCGCGCCCCCAGCAAAGGUGGGUAUGCGCUUCGUCGAGGUGUGA